AUGUCGCAUCGACACCAUCGACAUCACACCCGAGGGCCUGCUGUGGCUCCUGCUCCGGCCCCUGCUGCAGCCCCUGAGAGGUCGCGAGCAGUAGAGGAGCUUCACCCUGUGCUGCUUGACCUCUUACUUCGAAUGAACAUCAUGCCGCCGGGGGACAUAGACUCCCUCUCGGAGGCGGCGCUCGCAAACGCGGUGUCACUGGCAAUAUCGAUGCUGCCGGAGGACGAGCAGAUACACAUCGUCUCGCGCAUCAUGACCGACGACGAAAUCGCCCAAGAAAGUCUCAACCAUCCGCGGCUACAGAACCUCGGGUCCCGCGUGGUUCUGUCGCAAAACGAACGACGGCUCCUGCUGCGGGCAUCACCGGAACCAGAGGACGACGACGCAAACCAGGAGGAAGCAGGCGCCAACGGAUGCAUCAUCUGUUUUGAUAGGAACACCGUAGCCGUGCCGUGCGGUUGCCGCUACUGUGCCGGCUGUCUGCGAGAGUUGGUGCGUGUCGGCCUCCGCUCUGAGGCAGACUUCCCUCCGCGCUGCUGCCAGCCCUUUGAUGAGGCCACAGUCCGCCUCGCUGGACGUCCCGCGCUGGUUCAUUUGUUCCGGCAGCUGUCAGCCGAGUACGCGGUACCGCCAGCUCAGCGGCUGUACUGCCACAAUCCCGGCUGCUCGUCCUUUAUCUCACCGUCGGCCAUCCAAGCGGCGGCCAGAGACGAGGCCAAUGCCACGGCGGUGGGAACAUGUCCGUCGUGUAGCAGCGCGACAUGCAAAGAGUGUGGCGCAAAAGCACACAGAGGCUUGCCAUGCAGAGCGGAGGGUGAUGACGAGGCGCUGUGGGAUAUGAUGGACGCCAAUGGGCUUGUGGGCUGUCCUGAGUGCGGCAUCGUGAUAACCCUGAUGGAUGGAUGCAACCAUAUGACGUGCGUGUGUGGCGCCGAGUUCUGCUUUCUCUGCGGCGCAGAUUGGGAGUUCGAUUGCAAUUGCCCCCUGUAUAACGCACGAGAGCUCCGUAUCCCCAUCCGUCGACGGCCGGGCCGGUUGCCC